UCCAAGGAAGUCUUUCAUGUCAACAACCACACCCAUGUCUGAGAACUAAAAUGAAACCAGUUGAAUAGCUUUAUCUUAAGAGUUUCACUUAGAGAUCAUUAUAUCUAUCAGUCGGGAAAACUGUUUCUCAACUCAACUAAACUACAGUUGAAGGUAUUAUCCACAAGAAAACAAUAAACACAUAAGAGUGCUGAACUUUUACACUUCCAGAAAUGGCUGCCAAAAUUAUUCCCAAGAGACAUCAGGAGGUUGAUCAGAUGACACAGAACAAUGUUUAAACCUCUAAAAAAAACAUACCAAUCCAACAUCAACAAAAUUCCAAUUUGGAGAGAACUAAUCUGAUUCUAGAUAGCUCGGAAAUUCUCCAGUUUUGGUAGACAUCAACUUUGCAAAGAGUUAGCCACAAUUUCAUGGCAGCAAUGAGAAAGAUUCAUUGUUAACUAAGGCAUAUUUUGUUAUAAAGAGUGCCACAACCAGUUACUAGGUGCAAGAGGCAAAUAUUUCUUCAUAUUGGUUCAUUUGAAUAGCUAUAAAAACUGUAUUUCGUGUUUUCCCAGGUUAUCUUUAUCUUAUAAUAAGAUAUGUUUAGGCAAAUAACAAAAAAUAAAGAAGGAUAAAUCUAUAUAGAGGGGAAUGCCUUUUGUAUCUAGCUGUGUUACCCGGUGGAAAUCAGUGUCUAUUCUGUUUUUUUUGAUGUACAGUAUAUCCUCAAAAUGAUCUGCUUGGUAUAAGUUAAUCAUCUUUAAACACAGAGUUUGUUCUCUCCCUUCUCCAUAGACUCUUUUGUUGUGCUCAGGGUGGAUUUCCUAAGUAAAGUCUGUUAGUUCACCAGACUGCCCCAAUGAGGUAAAAUGUGCUUGCUCAUCCUUUAUCAGAAGGAGUGCAUGAGUCAGCUCUGCUUUGUUACACCCAUGGUGGUUGCAACACACUUACAAACACGCAAACACACACACACACACACACACACACACACACACAUACACACACUCCCUGUAUUUCUCCCUCCCUCUUAUAUACGCACUCACAGGCCAUAUGACUGAGUCAAGUUCAGUUUUUAGUUUGUAGCUGAGCUGUGAUAAGGCAUUCUGGGAAACAGCCUGGUUGGACGGCAUUCCAUUUACCAAAAUCCAUGUCUGCAAGGCUGCUGGAACUUUCUUUAACACCUUAGAGAGUUGAAGAAAGCCAGCUUUCUAAGAUGUCUGUGAUGGCUGAGACUACCCCAUGGUCGUCUGUGUUUACAUUUGAGUCCACAGUGCAUUCCUCCCAGGUGCUGCACCGUCUGAAUGAACAGCGCUGCCGGGACAUGUUGUGUGAUGUGACGGUGCUGGUGGAGGGUCAGAGUUUUGGAGCCCACCGCUCUGUGCUCGCUUCCUGUAGCGAGUACUUCUUGCAAAAGAUCUCUUUCCUCUCCCAACAUGGAGCAGUGAUUACUUUACCAGAAGAGGUGACAGUGGAUGGAUUUGAACCAUUGCUGAAGUUUGCCUACACAUCCAAACUCAACUUUGGAAAAGAGAAUGUUUUAGAAAUACGAAACUCUGCCUCGAUUCUUGGCUUCAAGGACCUGGAUGAGGCAUGUUUUGAUUUCCUCCUACCAAAGUUCUUCUCAAGACGCAAAGGCUCUGCACCCAUUGUGAAAAAGACCUGUUGUUCCAAGGAAUGUAAGAGGCGAUUAUCAAAGGAAAAUUGUGGCACAGACUCUGACGAUGUGCUGUUGGAUGACAAAGAAGUAAAACCAGUCGCUGACUCACCACCCAAUCAGGACAUGACAUGGGACUGUGAAAAAUCAGUGAGCAUAAAAACGGGAAGUCAAAAUAGCACAGACAGUUUUGGCUCUGUAGCCGAAGGGUUAAUUGACCCAGUCAUACAAGGUCCAAAGUAUCGCAAGUUCCAGUUAGCUUGUGAGAAAGAAUUGUUUGCCAGUGAAAAAUGUCCCUUGACUCCUGCGUCUGCAGGGAUAAGGGGUGACUGUGUCCCCUCCUGCUUUCCGUGCCCCAACAAGACACACUGUAAAAGGGAAACUGUGGUUAAUUUCACUGGAAAUCCAACCUCCAACCUUGCCAUAGAGAGCAAAGUUGAAGCAGAGCAGUUAUGUGAAACUGAAAAGCACAAUUUGAAAUCAGAGAACUAUGGGAGCAAAGUCGUAAUCGAUACUUCUAAAGAAGACAGAUUUAAACAGGAAGGAAAGCAGGGAUCCAAGGGAGAGAAGAACAUUUGGUCAAAUGAAGAAGAGAUGGAAUAUACAUCAGAAAUUAUCUCAUCAGUGAUACCAACAGUCAAGACACACUCCCAAAAGCCAAGCACAGUCCUCUGUGAGGGAUUAUCAGGGACCUUUUGCCCCUUGAGGUGCUUCGAUGUAGAUUCCACAAUCUCUCAGUCAAUGGGGCAUAAAAUGCACGUUGUCAGCAUUACAGAAAGUAAAACAUCAAGAGACCAUGGUUCAGUAAAGACAUGCUCCACUUACCAAAAUGCAACAUUAGAAGAUCAGGAAAAAAACACAGAUGAUGCUAGUCAACUAGGAAGAAUAGAUCUACCAACAGCAAACACAAAUAGAGCUGCCAUCCUUCAAGAAAACUGUAGAGAAAGAAGCACACUGAAGACAGAGAGUAAAAAUCACCAUAGUGAGCGAUCAAAGAUAAGUAAAGACACCUACCAGCAAAAUAUCCUUGACUGUAAAGCAGGAUGUUCAACCGAUGCAUAUGGUGGAUGGGGGCAGAGCUCAUCUUUAGAGUGGUCAACUCCUCAGAACAACCUUGGUUCCACCAAAACUGGGUGCCCAUUUUAUAUGGAUUAUGACCAAAUGAACUGUGGAAUAUCUGAGUAUGAGGGGACACCUCCAUCAUGUGUGUCGUCGGUAAACUCAGGGGAAGACGGUGAUUCAGAGGCGGAAACAGAGGGAGACAGCGAGUUCUCCACAAAUGAGAGGGCCCUACAGGUGCAGUUGCCAUUCUCUGUGGACUGGAUUGUGAAUCUGAACCGUAAUGACUUUCAACAUCUGCUGAAGCAACAUACUCUUACCCAAGAACAACUGGAGUUUGUCCAUGAUGUUAGAAGGCGCAGCAAAAACCGCCUUGCAGCUCAGCGUUGCCGUAAAAGAAAGCUGGACUGCAUAUAUAAUCUACAGUGUGAAAUAAAUAAGCUGAAGACAGAAAGAGAGAAAUUAAUCAUGGAAAGGAACCAGCUGACCCAGAGGAAAACGGAAACAUGUCACACUGUAAGCACCUUGUGUCAGAAGGUCUGCAGCGAAGCCAACCUACUACCAGAGCAGCUCCAGGUGUUAGCCAGCUGUGCCUCUUUAGACUGCCCACUGUCCUCCUUGCUUCCUCAAAUAGAUGCACUUCUGUCACAACAUGGAUAUCCACUUCAUCCCCGGAAUGCAGCAUCUUAGGAUUAUACAUCCAUCUCAGCACAGAUACAGACACAAGACAACUUUAACUCUAUAUAGAAACUGCAAAGAUGCUAAAGCCAACUUACAGUGCGCUGAUUAUGAUGACCAUUUAAGGGCAUCAUUCUUAUACAAGGACUUUAUCAAGUAUCAAAGUACAAAAACAUUUGGUGAUUCUAUUUCACAAGGGCAACCAGACAUAUCAGAUUGUGUGAACUGCAGGUUCUUUACAGUAUUUGUAUUAUCUUGUAUCAUACAUUGUGAGUUAUUAUAUUUACAUUUUUGAGUCUACUUUAGGUUUUAUAGCAUUACACACAAGCAGCUUUUUCCUAUCAGCAAUACAAAUGAUUGCCUUUCGUGCAAUUCUGUCAGGGAGUAGAAAAAGUGCCUUUUUCUUUUUAUCUACAUGUCGGUACAUUAGAAACUAUGUGCUCACCUGGAACACAUAGUCCAAGAACUGUAGAAAUAUGACUUUACACUGCAGCUUAUGAUGCUGAUGUUUAUCAAAAUCCUCAUUAAGCACUGAGCAUGAGGGCUAAUUCACUUUUUCAGAAAUCUAGGAUUCAUUUUCUAUCUCUACUUCAAAAUCCAUAAUAGAUGCAGUUUUGGAUUUAUAAAACUUUUUUUCAUUUGAAGAUGGGAAUUUCAUAUACCUCAUUAGCAUUAACUUGAAGCUUAGAUCUAAAAAAGCACUAAAACAUAUAGUUUAAAUAUUGGACAUAGAUGUUUAUAUUUAUAACAGAUAAUUUCAAUUUGAUGCAGAAAAGGAAAGGAAGGCGGGGGUUGCUCAAGGUACUAUUUGUAACCACUGGCCUUGUAAAAAGCAAAAUAACAUAGAUAAAGAGAUUAAAUCAUCUCA